CUUAACUUGUAAUAUUCUCUGCCUCCAGACUUCCGGUCAUGAUGUUGAAAGGUGAAGUUUAUAUGGUGGUGAUGAUGGUGCAGGUGGUCCAGCUACUUGCAUGGACGACCAAUCCGGUGGUGGUGCCAAGUGUCACAUGCAUUGAGAGUGAAAGGCAAGCUCUGCUUUCUCUGAAACGUGGCUUCAAUGUCACUGAUGAUUAUUGGCUGUCUUCAUGGGGAGAUGAGGACCACCAGAAGGAGUGUUGUAACUGGGAAGGCAUCAAGUGCAGCAACGUAACUGGCCAUGUUAUCAUGCUUGAUCUUCGCGCCAGGGGUUAUCGUCAAUAUCGUGUGCUUCAAUCCAUAAGCCCGUCACUGGGUGAGUUACAUCAUUUGACUUAUUUGGACCUUAGUCGUAAUCAUUUUACUCACACCCCACCCAUCCCUUCUUUCAUUGGCUCUUUAACCUUUUUGACAUACCUCGAUCUCUCUUCUUGUUUUUUUGGUGGAAAUAUACCUCCUAAUUUGGGAAAUUUACUCUUUUUAGAGUAUCUUAAUCUUGGAGGGAAUUCUUUUGAUAACCCGCAACAAAUUCCUUCUCAGUUCUCAAAUCUCUCCCAUUUAGUGUAUCUUGAUCUUACUUCCAAUAAUCUGGUUGAAUUCCCCCUUCAAGUCACAAAUAUGUCAUCCUUAAGAUAUCUUAGUCUUAGUCAUAAUUAUCUCAAGGGAACAAUACCUGUUCAGCUUGGAAAUCUCUUAUCCUUGGAAUAUCUUGAUCUAAGUGCAAAUGAAUUCACCGGAACCAUUCCUCAUCAGUUCCGAAAUCUUUCCCGUUUACAGUAUCUUGACCUCGGUCCUUAUUUUUUUGAUGAAAUCCGGGAAAAAACCAUGUCAUUAAGUUCUGAUUUGCAGUGGCUAUCUGAACUUUCAACCUUGACGUAUCUUUCGCUUCCUUGGGUGAAUCUCAGUAGUGCCAGCAGUUGGCAACAACAAGUGAGUAGCCUUUCUCAUCUUCAAUAUUUGGACUUGAAUGGUUGCAAUCUUGUUGAUUCCAUGACCACUUCAUCACUUGCAUCCACUUCCCUGUUAUAUGUGGAUAUCUCUAACAAUUCUCUAAGGGAUGCAUCCUUGAUAUUCCCAUGGUUAAUGAAUUCCACUGGUAGCCUUGUUACUCUCAGAAUGAAUGAUAAUGGUUUAACAGGAACCAUUCCAGAAACAUUCGGGGACAAGUUGAGCUCCCUUGAGGUGUUAAAUCUUACAGAUAAUGAGCUCAAAGGCCAAAUACCUGUUUCCUUGUUUCAUAUUUGCAAUCUGACAAAACUAGACAUAUCUGAAAACAGGUUUACAGGGAUGGUGCCUGACCUCUCACAGCUUUCAUCUUUGGAAGUGUUACGACUUCAUAACAACAGGUUAAGUGGAACCAUGCAUGAAGGAAUCGGACAACUAUCCAAUUUACGUGAGUUAAGUCUUGGAAAUAACUUGUUGCAUGGUUUGAUAUCUGAAGCUCAUUUCUCAAGACUUUUUAAUCUUCACUAUUUGGAUUUGUCUCAUAAUGCAUUUGUUUUUAAUGUUAGCGUCGAUUGGGUUCCCCCUUUCAAUUUAAGUGUCGUUAACUUGGCUUCUUGCAAUUUGGGGCCUAACUUUCCAAGAUGGCUUCAGACCCAAAUGAAUAUUCAGAAAUUGGAUAUUUCACAAACUCAAAUAUCUAGCUCAGUUCCUAAUUGGUUUUGGGAUCGCUUUCCCACCAUACAGAGUUUGAAUCUUUCUCACAACCAUAUUGAAGGCCCAAUUCUACCUAAUCUUUCUCCUGAACACAACCAUCAUAGAGUAAAACCACUUGAUCCUAUAAGUUUGGUUUUUCAUCUUAUCUCUGGCGAUCCUUUCAAUUUUCAAACCAUUGAUUUGAGCUUCAAUUUAUUUGAAGGUCCAAUUCCAGCAUUCCUUUCAUCUGUUUCACAACUUUUUCUGUCCAGCAACAGAUUUUCAUCUGUAACACCUCUUUUAUGUGCAAACUCGUCCAAAUCCACAAGAUUUAUGGAUUUGUCAAACAACUACCUUAGAGGAGAGCUUCCGGAUUGUUGGAUGGGUUUUGAAUCAUUGGUCGUCCUAGAUUUGUCUGAUAAUCAAUUUUAUGGGAACAUGCCAAAGUCUCUGGGAUCAUUAACAAAUAUCAAGUCAAUACAUUUUCGAGGGAAUAAUUUUUCAGGAGAGAUACCAUCAUCCUUGAAUAAUUGCACAAAUCUACAAGUUUUUGAUGCUGCGCUUAAUAACUUGUCAGGAAGAAUACCAACCUGGAUUGGAGAUAAUAUUCCAAAGCUACUUAUACUUAGCUUACAUUCCAAUAAGUUUCAUGGAAACAUUCCAACAAGCAUGUGCAAUCUUCAUGAACUCCGUGUCUUGGACCUCUCUCUCAAUAUUCUCUCUGGCAGCAUACCUAAAUGCAUAAGUAAUCUUUCUGCUAUGGCCACUCUAGCAAACUCAAAUGCAACUAUUAUCGAUGACUAUCAUUAUGAAUUUUUCAAUGUUUAUGACCGUACUGGCCCAAUAAAACAACGUUACGGAAUUUAUAAUGAUAGCGCAUCGCUCAUAUGGAAAGGGAAAAUGUCAAAAUAUGGAAGCACUCUUGGAUUGUUGAGAAGCAUUGAUUUCUCCAGCAACAGGUUAACAGGAGAAAUACCAAGUGAGAUGAUGAAUCUUAUUGGCUUGGUUUCUUUAAAUCUUUCAAGAAACUUGUUUAGUGGACACAUUCCUCUGACUGUUGGACAGCUGAAGUCAAUAGAUUUUCUUGAUCUAUCCAGAAAUCAUUUGUCAGGAACAAUUCCUUCACAACUUGCUCAGAUUGACCGUCUCAGUGUUCUUGACUUGUCAUACAAUGAUUUAUCUGGAGAAAUCCCACUUGGCACACAACUUCAAACUAGGGAUGCCUCUGCUUAUGCAGGAAAUCCAAAACUUUGUGGUGCUCCUCUCAACAACACUUGUCCCAUACAUGGCCACCAGACCAGCGAACAUGAUGCUGAUGCUGACGGUGAUGAUGAACAAUUUGUAACCGAGGGAUUCUACAUUGCUAUGGCUGUUGGAUUUGUUAUGGCAUUUUGGGGAGUGUGCUUUUCAUUGAUUUUGAAGAAAUCUUGGAGAUAUGCUUAUUUCAAGUUAAUGAGUGAUGUCUAUGACAAGCUCUAUGUAUUUGUUGCAAUUAAGGUGGCCAAAUUAAAAAGGAUCAUAUCUCAAGUAUGAAGGCAAAAUUAAAGAGUAUACAACAGUAUCUUGUGUUGAAAGAGCUUUGCUUGUGAUAGCCAGAAUCUUCAUGCAUGUGUAUCCAUUUGGAAGGAGACCAAUAACAUUUAGUAGUGCAAUUACUAUAAUAAAUUAGUAAUUGUUAUGUUUCCAUAUUUUAGUCAUGUUUAAGUUUUCUGCUGUAGAUUGGGUUGUGAAAGAGGUGCUUUUUCACAUUUCACCUAUAUUGCAAUGUGUUUAGUUUUUUUUUUUUUUUUUUUUUUCAGCACAGUGUGUUUGUUAUAUGGGUGUGGAACUUGGCCUUGGUUUAUUGCUGUAAUUUAUUUUCAAGGAUGAUAUAUCUUUCUAGG